GUAUUUUAUACAUUGGUUUGUUUUUGUUUACCCCAUACUGUUGGUGCUCCGAAAUUUCUUAGAUUUUUUUUGGAUUCUUCAAAUCCGGGAAUUGUUACAAAUGUCACACCGCCACCAGGACAUUCCCAUCCGUCCGCGUUAUGGGUACGUGGACGACCAGAGCGGCCAGACAGAGGGCAAUGGAAGAUCCGGAGCCACGCCCACCUCGUACACGGAGAUCCCAUUUCUGGCCCAGUAUCCUGGCGAAGUGCCGGACCACAUCCUGCAGGAUCUCACGCCCACGGCGGCGGGUAAUCCCAGAAUGAUGCCGGGAAACUCGGGCAAACAGGGACCAAACGGCGAGAGCUAUGUGAACCUGGACUCUGGCGAGGAUGACGACGGUGCCGAGGAGGAUGACCCCGAGGAGGAGGACCAGAGCAACUCGAACAGCAACUCCAGGGACAGUCACUCGGGGGACCUGCAAAGGCAUAGACUGAAGGCGGACAGCAGCAAUCUGCCCUAUGAACUGGAGGGAGCCAGUGACUCGGAUGGCAUGCGUCACUUUGUGGCCCACGAUUUGGAGGCCAAAUUGCGGGAGGGAGUGGCCGCCUCCACGGACUACUCCUCGGAGCACACAACGCCCUCCACUUCCAUGGGUCCGGGAGCACCAGUGGGCCUGGGAACGGGCCUGGGUUCAUCCGGUAACGGCCUGCUCACCCGGAGAUUCUUGCAAUCCCGCAAUGUGCCCGAAGUGGAUGGCAGCGUACUGAGCGACAUUGAACUGGAGGCCCAGUAUCUGGCCACCUCGGUGGACAAUCUGCUGGAGAAUCUGGGCAACCUGCUGCACUCCAUCUCCUCCAUAACCGCCGACAACGUGGAGGUCCAUCGGAAUGCCGUCAACAAGCUCACGGACACGCUGGAUGCCAACAUCAAGUGCCAGUACCAACUGCUGGCCAAAGCGGAGGAGAUCACCAAGUCGAUGAAGCCCACCGAGCAGCUGGGCCAGCGCAUCAGGGAGAUCAAGCGGCUGGUGGACAUGUUGGACAGCACCAUGUAGAUGAGAGGUUCCUCUGCCAUCCUGUGAUCUGUGCAAUCAAAAAGAUCUUGUGUUUCUAGUCAUUCCGUAAAUACAUUUAAACAUUUAAACAACAAA